AUGGGCAAGAAAAGGGCGCAUUCCCUUGAUCUGAAGCACCGUGUAGUCGAGCAUUCGAGGAAAAGCAGCAUCCCAGAGGCAGCGACAAAGUUCCAUGUCACGCGGAAAAUGGUUCGCUCCUGGAAGCUUGACGAGGAGAAAAUUGCAGCAACUGCAGCGAAGCCGCAAGUUUGCGCGAAAAAGCGCUGCAGACUUCCUGGCGGGGGAAGGAAACUAUUGUCUGACGAGGUUGACAGUCAGCUGCACGCUUGGUACUUGGCGGAGCUACAGACACGGAACGCCAUAUCUCGUCGCAUUAUGAUCCUGAAGGCCAAGGAAUUCCGAAAUGCACUCAUCUCUGACAAUCCGGAGCUGGCUGAGCUGAAGCUCUCCAAAGGCUGGCUGGAUCGCUUUCCCCAACGCCAUCACUUGACAAUGCGAAGGACAACAACUGUUUGUCAAAAGCCACCGGAGCACUGA